ACAGAAUAUAUAAAGCACUUUGGCCCCGAAAUUCAGCAACGGUAAGUAAGAGAAGGUUAUAUAAUUACUCGCCUAAUUGACAGAGGAUUCCGGCGACGGCGACACCGUGAAGCGCCGCCAAAUCCUCCUGAGUCGAUGCAGUCAACCCAUACGUAUGGCUGCUCUUAAAGAAUUCACCCGCACAACACACGCCGUACACGCACUGGCCAACUUCUACGCCGCACAACUCCUACUAUGUUCCAAACAAGCCCCACCAUCGUCCUCCACUGUCCGAAUGAUUCAUGCCCACAUGAUAGCAUCUGGGUUCAGGCCACAAUCUCACAUCCUCAACCGCUUAAUGGACAUGUACUGCAAAUCGUCCAACAUUGCAUAUGCACGCCAACUGUUCGACGAAAUUCCUGAACCAGAUGUUGUUGCACGAACCACCUUCAUUACUGCAUAUUCAUAUUCUGCCUCCUCUGGAGAUGGUUUAGGUUUCAAGUUGGCAAGGGAAAUAUUUAAUACAACUCCUUUACAUACCCGCGAUACCGUUUGUUACAAUGCCAUGAUAACUGCCUGUGCUCAUAAUGAAGAUGGUAACGCUGCGAUCAAGCUGUUUUGUGAGAUGAAAAGAUAUGAUUUUCGUCCGGAUAAUUACACUUACACGAGCGUGUUGUCCGGGCUGUCACUUGUAGCGGAGCAUGAGUCACAUUGUCAGCAGUUUCAUUGUGAGGUUGUGAAAUCCGGAACAGGGUUUGUCACGUCGGUUGUUAAUGCGCUUAUUUCUGUGUAUGUUAAGUGUGCUUGUUCGCCAAUGGCUGCUGCGCGGAAACUGUUUGAUGAAAUGCCACUGAGAGAUGAGUUAUCUUGGACUACAAUUAUCACAGGGUAUAUAAGAAACGAUGAUUUACACGGUGCUAGACAAGUUUUUGAUGGUAUGAAUGAGAAGCUAAUAGUUGCGUGGAAUGCGUUGAUUUCUGGAUACGUGCAUAAAGGGCUUGUUUCUAACGCACUUGAAUUGUCGAGAAAGAUGUGUUUGCUGGAAAUCGGGUUUGAUGAAUUUAGUUAUACUAGUAUCCUUGGUGCUUGUGCUUCUGGUAAAUUGUUCUUACAUGGUAAACAAGUGCAUGCUUACAUAACUCGAACCGUAAAAAACCCAUCGCGUGACUUUCUGUUUAGCGUUAACAAUGCAUUGAUCGCGUUAUAUUGGAGAUGUGGUAAAUUAGACGAUGCAAGGAAAAUUUUCGAUAAAAUGCCUUUGAGGGACCUUGUUUCAUGGAAUACCAUUUUAUCCGCUUAUGUUGACGUAGGCCGGAUCGAAGAAGCCCGGACAUUUUUCGAUAAAAUCCCAGAAAAAAACGAGUUAACAUGGAGCGUUAUGAUAUCCGGUUUUGCACAAAACGGUUUAGGUGAAGAGGGUUUGAAGCUUUUCAACCAAAUGAGAUCAUGUAACUGUCAACCGUGUGAUUAUUCGUUCGCCGGUGCGAUAAUAUCAUGUGCGGUUCUUGCAUCGUUAGACCACGGGCGCCAGCUUCAUGCUCAACUUAUCCAAUCAGGGUUUGAGUCGAGUAUAUCCGCAUCAAAUGCAUUGAUUACAAUGUAUGCUAGAUGCGGCAUUCUUCAAGAUUCACAAUCUGUAUUUUUUACGAUGAAUUAUUUGGAUUCGGUAUCCUGGAACUCAAUGAUCGCCGCUUUAGGGCAGCACGGGCAUGGUGGUCAAGCAGUUGAUCUUUUCGAACAAAUGCUGAAAGAAGGUAUCGUUCCUGACCGAAUCACAUUCCUCACAAUUCUUUCCUCGUGUAGCCACGCGGGUCUCGUUGACCAAGGUCAACGCUAUUUCAACUCGAUGUAUGAGUUAUACAACAUAACCCCAGGUGAAGAUCAUUACGGUCGUUUAAUCGACUUGCUUUGUAGAGCAGGCCGAUUCACCGAAGCGACAGAUACGAUCCAAAAAAUGCCGUUCGAUCCCGGAGUACCGAUAUGGGAAGCACUUCUCGGCGGGUGUAGAAUCCAUGGAAACAUCGAUUUAGGGAUCAAAGCUGCGGAGAAACUGUUUGAACUAAUUCCGCAUCAUGACGGGACGUAUAUACUUCUAUCGAAUAUGUACGCAACGUUGGGUAAAUGGACCGAUGUUUCUAGAAUUAGAAACAUGAUGCGUGUUCGUGGAGUGAAGAAAGAACCCGCGUGUAGCUGGAUUGAAGUUGACAAUAUGGUUCAUGUGUUUUUGGUGGACGACACUAAACACCCCGAGGUUCAAAAGGUGUACAAGUAUCUUGAGGAAUUGGUAUCGAAAAUGAGGAAAUUAGGGUAUGUUCCGGAUACGAAGUUUGUGUUGCAUGAUAUGGAGAACGAGCAAAAGGAGUACGCGUUGUCUACUCAUAGUGAAAAGCUCGCGGUUGCUUUCGGGCUUUUAAAGCUUCCUUCCGGAGCCAUGGUUAGGGUUUUCAAGAACAUUAGGAUUUGUGGCGAUUGUCAUAACGCGUUCAAGUUUAUGUCUCAGGUUGUGGAGAGAGAGAUUGUUGUAAGAGAUGGGAAACGGUUUCAUCAUUUCAAAGAUGGGAAUUGUUCUUGUGGGAAUUAUUGGUGAUAUGAAACUAUACUUAUUAGUUUGGUUAUUAAGCCUCCGUGAUACAACGAAGCGGAUGUAAGAGUUAGAAGACUCGUACUUGAACUAGUUUAAUCGAGGCAAAGGGGAUAGAAACGGACCCAACUUAAAAAAGGGCAUAACUCAGGCUAUAUGUGGAGUUACGGGGCCCAUAAGUUAUGAACGGAAAGGUCUCAACGAGCUGGAUCAUGUGGAAACGCCAAUUUUGAAGUCAGAUUUUAUAUAUAUAUAUUUUUUCUUUAAAAACCGAAUCAUGUGAGAUCAGGAUUUUGCCACUCCUGCUUCCGUCUAGGUAGGGAAUCUUAGAAACAAUUUUUGAAACCUGAAUUUUGGCAGAACCAAUUAGCAGCAUGGACUUGUUUACAUUGAGAUGUAUCUAUAUCUAUAUGUAAAAUGAAUGAAAUGAAAUACAAAACAAAAUAAAGCUCGAUAAA